UAAACAAGCAAAAGUAAACAAAACAAAUAUUUUCUGAAGAUUAUAGAAAAUAGAAUUGUUGAUUUUUAGAAAAAGAUCAAUAAUUUAUGUUCUACCAAGUUACUCCGAUGAAUGAUCAAUUCAAUUAUUCGCAUCAAAUCAAGCGUUUCCAGAAAAAUUAUUAUUCAAGUAACAUAAUAAGUAAUUAAUAAUUUUUCAAAAUACACAUUCAACUAUGUCUAGUCAUAUUGGGAACGUUCUAAAGCAAGCCCUUGCCACAUUUGCAAACAAAGGAACACAGAAGCAUGAAGCAUUUCAAAAAAAUUUAGAAGUCUUGAUUUCUUUAUUGGAUAAAACUACAGCGGAGCAUGUGAAUUUUCCAAUGAGGUACAUGAAUCCGCAAUUAUGGGAACGUCCAGAAAAAGCCCCUGUGAGCUGCAUUGAAAUUUUUGAAGAUACUCAUGUAACGAUGGGAAUUUUUAUUUUAAAACCUAAUGGUAAAUUACCACUACACAAUCACCCAAAAAUGCAUGGACUGAUCAAAGUAUUAGCUGGUAAAGUAGAAAUUAUCAGUUAUUCCAUUAACACAGAAAAAACUAAAGAAAUAGACCAGAAAAGUUUAAUUGAUGAAAUGCCAUUGAAUCCUAAACCAAGGAAACAUAAUAUUGUAACUGCCGAACUGAAUGAAGUAACAAUAGCAACCUCAGAUAGCCUCCCUUGCCUUCUAGACCCGAAUUUUAAAAAUAUACAUGAAAUCCACAGCUUAGACGGUCCAGCCGCAUUUUUAGACGUUUUAGCACCACCCUAUGACUUUCCAAUAUCUGAAUUUGAAAUUAGAAAGUGUUCGUACUAUCAUAAGCUGAGUCAAGUAACUACAAACAUCUUCCGCUUACAAGAAGUAAAAUCCCCUAGUUGGUACUGGACUGAUUCUUGCCCUUACACUGGACCGGAGUUGUUUGAUAUUGAGCUACACUAAUAUUUUUUUAUUAUUUUGAUAAUUGACCUGUAUUGUUCCUGUUAAACUAAUUUUUGCCUUUGACUAGUAGAUACCUUAAUUAUUGAGAAUUCACUUAAUGCAUAAGGGUGGGUGUUAUAAAAAUAUUUUGACAGGAUAACUAAAAGUUAAGUUCUGGUUUGACGUUACUUCUCUAGUAAUUCUAGAAGUUAACUUAUAGUUACCUAUCUGUCAAAAUAGUUUUAUAGUGCCCGUCCUUAGUAAUGUCAGCUUUCUACAAGGUAUGUACGUAUCCUUUUAUCAUUAUCAGAAUUUAUACUACUUGUUAAUGAGUAAAUGCCUAUGUUGCCUUUUAUCAUCUGAUAUAUUUUUCUGGAUAUCUUGUUAAUUUUUCACAAAGGCCUAGAGUGUCACAUUUGAUAAAAAAAAACCACUUUGAUUUUAGCUGAAAUUUUGAGAAAAAAGUUGAAAUUUCAUGAGAUUCCAUUAAUAUGAUUUUCUUAUUUUCAUUGAAAAUGCUGAUAAAUUUACUGGAAGAAAAAAGACUCUUUUAUCUAUUGAAAGCUUUCGCAAUAUGUUUUAUUGCUUUGUCAGUCAUAAGAUUAUGAGUACUUAUUUUAAUAUAGAUUUCAUUAAGAUUGUAUAACAGUCUAGAAAAAAUGUAGACAGAUUUAAAAAAAAAAUUGAAUAUAAAGUUUAAUCAAGCCAGUCUGAUUCCAUAUGGCAGAUCCUUAAGUUCACUAGGAAUUUUAGUAAUUCGCCAUUGAACUCGCUAGAGUUGUUCAAUGUCCUUCGCAUAGUAAGUAAAAUUGGGCAUACUCAAGUUUUGGUUGAAUGUAGGACUUAUACAAUUUCAAAAUCAUCUCUUUAGGGUGGUCUUUGAAUGCUGUUUGGAUGAGAUAUGUCAUUGAAUUGGCUUUUUCUGUUACAUCAGUAAUGUGAGUCUCCCAUUUUAGGCCUGCUGUCACUGUGAUUCCAAGGUCUUUCUGCUUUGCAAAAGUUGCUAUUGAUGUUUGUUGUAGAAAAUAGCUAUGUGUAGUACAGUACAUUUGGAAUCAUUAAUAGACUGUGAGAUAGGGGCUGUUUAGUGGAGUCAUUUUUUUUUUGUCUGGCAUUUUGAGGGCUGAAUGUGGCUACUAAGCUGAUGAGAAUAUGGGUGAUUUUAAUGCUGGCCUCCUGUUCGAAAAUUUGCAGAAUAAAAAAAUUGAUUUACAUGAAGAUUUUUUUUUUAAUGAUCUCAAAUUUUCUAGCUUUUAAAUAAAAUAUUGACAUUGAUAAAUAAUUCACCCAUGAAAAAUAUCAGAUGCUUUUCAAUAACUGAAAAAAUGGGGAUGGGUGUCAACUUCCAAGAGAAAAGAAAAGAACCUUCCGCUUUUUCUUUUUGUCUGGCAAACGAGAGAAUGGAAGGUUUUGUUGUGAGAAUAACGCUGAAAAAUCGCCAGACGGUAAUCACAGUUCGAAAUCGAGUUUUCCGACGAAACAUUCUGUCGAGCAUUCUGUGGACAUUUCGAACAGGAGGCAGGCAUUGAAACCACUUAUAUUCUCAUCAGCUAACUAGUCACAUUCAUCCCUCAAAAUGCCAGACAAAAAAAAAUGACUCCACUAAACAGGCCCUAUCUCAGGGUCUAUAAGUGGCAUUUUCCACUUUGUUGUCCAUUCUUUUUUUCUGACCAGAUCUUGCUGUAGAUCAUUAUGUGGUAAUAGAGGGUUACAAUAUAAGUUACUAACAUCGGCAAAAGAUGCAUUUUUUGUUGUAACUCCCUGGUACAGAUUGCUCAAGUACGUUAAAAAUUAAAGGGGACUGAGAACUGAGCCUUGAGCAACUCCGCUGUGUACCUGGUGCUCUUCUGACAGGCUAGUACCAAUUCGUACCUGGAAAGUAUGACCAGACACCGAUUAGCCUUAGAAAAUCACCCCUGACUCCAAAAUGCUGAAUUUUGUAUUCAAUGUAUUCGAUUGGUAUUUUGUCAAACGCCUUUUCGAAGUCAAGGUAGACCACUUCUAUUGGUUCCCCGUUGUCAUCAGCUAGUGUCCAGUCGUCGAGCCUGGUUAGAAGGUUAGUGAAUGUGGAUUUCUUUGGAAGAAAGCCAUGCUGCUGUGAAGGAAUGAUCUUAGUUUCCAAAAAGAAAGAUGUAAGUUCUUUUGCUAUGAUUUUUUCCAUUCACUCACACAGGAUGCUGGUUAAACUAAUUGGCUUGUAGUUUUCUGCUAAUUGUUUAUUUCCUUUUUUAAAUAUUGGUGUGACAAUGGCUUUCUUCCAGGAUUCUGGAAAUUACCCAUUUGUCAAUAAGAUGUUUAACACAUUCGCUAGGGGUGCUUUUUAGAACUUGCACACAGUUUUCCAGAAAAAUGGAAGGAAUUUCAUCCAUUCCAGGACUUGAGUUGGAUUUUAAUGAUGUUAUGGCAGCUUCUACUUUUUCUGGUUUAAAUUCAAUGUGAUUUAUCUCAGUUAUUGUAUAAGUAUUUAGUGGUAGUGUGGGCCUAAGGUUGUUUGCAUCCUGAAUAGUAAAAACACUCUCAAACUGUUGUGAGAAACACUCUGCAAUUUUCUGGUCAGUUUUAAGCCGUCAUGCGGUAUCCUUAUCUAUUAGAUUAAAGCUGGCAUGUUUUGAGUUUAGCCAACGGCUUAUGUAUGAAUCGAAUUGUUUAGUGUUCACUAAUAGAUUGUGUUCAUAGUUUCCCCUGGCUGAUACUGCACAAGUCUUUGUUUUGUUGUUUUGAUGUUGAUAGAUUUGAUAAUUAUCUUCAGAUUUUGUGUGUUUUGAUAUUUAUGCCAGUUUUUGUUGAAUCUCUUUGAAAACUUCCUUUGUGAGCCAUGGUUUUUGCGGAUUACUGCAGUUACUGCCAUGUUUCGAGACUGUACGUUGUUACUGGUAGAACACAUGUUUCGUAGACUUUUCGUUUGAGGUGUUGGGGAAUAUCAGGGUUUUUAAGGAUGAAUCCGAGCUUACUGAACUUCGACUUUAAAGUCAAAUUGUUUUCUUUUUUUAUAUGUGGCACUUUUAUGCAUUUGCAAACUUUAAAUUAAAAGAGUGAAAGGAAAAUAAUUUGCCAUGAACAGAAUUCUGAAGGGAUGCCAUUUAUUUUGAAGCCCUUCCCAAAAUUUUUCAAAAGCUGGCUUUUUAUUUGUGUUAGAAUUUAGUGGCAUGCAGACGUUUUUAAAUUAAAAUUGAUGGAAAAUUUUCUUGCCUCGACUAGGAUUUGAACUCAGGACCCCUGCAUAUCCAGUUGCUUUUUAUUUGCCAAUUUACAGGAUCCUAUCUCUACUGACCUACCUAUCUGAAUUAUUGGAAUGUGUGUGAAUAUUGUAAAUGAAUGCAGACAGACUAAUAAGAGACAGUUAUUACUGAAUUGUAAUUUAUUUCUUAGUUAUAAUAGUUAUAAAUUUGUUAUCCUGAAUGUUGUAGUUGCUCAAUAAAUGUUGGAAAAAACCUUAUUAUUUUAUUUUAAAAAAUUGGAAGAUUU